UUAUUGUUGCUGGAACAAUGAUCAAGAGUGAACAGCUGAGUGAUGGUCAUGGCGGUGAUCUUGAUCAUGGCGCAAGUGAUACCUCUAGUGUCAGCAGUGAUGUCAAGCCCACUUCGGUACGAUCCUUGGCAACCUACAGCUAUAUCUACCUUUAUCUAAUUUACAUUUGAAUUUCGUAAUUUAUAUCUAAUUUGUUUUUAUUGCAGGACUCUCACCAAGUAGCUACCCUGAAAAAUUUGAAUAUUGAGCAGUCUGUUGCAGCAACUAUUGCUGCCGGGCAAGCCUCAGGUGGUACUGAUCCUGUCUUUCCUGAGCCCAUAUGUGAAGAUAAGAAUGUGAAGUUCAUCAAGAACCAUGAUUCAGAUGAUUCCAGUGACGAAUCUCCAAUGAGAAAGAGAAAGGGUCGCAGCCACAAGAAGUCGAAGAAAAGCAAGAGAUCACGCAAGAGGUCCACAUCUGAUAGUUCCUCGGAGUCUGAAGAUAGAAAGAAGAGGCGUCAUCGAAAGAAAUCGAGAAGGCAUGUUAGUGAUUCAUCCAGCUCGGAUGAUAGUAGCAGCUCCUCAAGCAGCUCUUCUUCAGACAGCUCUGAGUCUUCUAGGAGGAAAAGGAAGUCUAGAGGCAAGAAACGAAGGGUCACAGCCCAAAAGAGGAACUCCAAGAUUUAUGAGCCAUGCAACUACCUGUGCAGUGCUACCACACCAGGCGCGGUUAAGUUGCAAGAACCGUACGAAGUGUAUAUUAAAGAAUCUGAUUUGAACGAUGCACUCAGUAACUCAGGAUCUGUUACUCAGUUUAUCAGACAACUUACCCCUAAAGUGUACACUCAGGAUGCACUUGUCAAUGCUACACCAUUAGGUUAUUCAGAUAGAUCCAAGGGACGCAAGCACUGUGGUGCAGCACUUCCAAGACUUCACCCCGAUGGCCGCUCAGCAAUUUUGGGUAAGUCUUCUAAUUUAAUCUGAAGAUUUCAAAUCUAAUGCCAGGUGUUUUGAUUUUGUCUCAGUGAAUGACAAUCUGAUUGUCAAUGUAUCUUGUGAACUAAAACUGUAUUUUGUGUUAACUAUGUUACCCUUUUUUUGUAAUUCCAGAACGAGCCAGGAACCUGGAGAAUGAGAAGAAAAGCUGGCGUCCCCGUGUUGGAGAGGCCAAGAUGAAGAAUUCUUUUUCCAACAUUGUCCACAAGUUCAAGGAUGAUGGUUCGUAACCUGCUGUUCUCAUCAUAGUUGCUACUUGGGUCCCCUCUCCCCUAAUUGUUUGUUUUAUUUUGAAGUGUGGAGAAUUCUAUACAUUGCUUACGAUUGCGAUGGCUCGGACACCUAAGUAGUAACUCUUCACUUCCCACUU